AUGGUUAACGAGACGAGACUGGAUGAGGAGUCUGAGGUUCCGGAGUUUCGCUUGGACAGUGUUCAAUUGAAAAAUUCGAGACGAAAGAGCGCUUUUGUUACGUCGUGUUUUUCUCUGGCAGCAGUUCUGUUUUCAGCAUACCUUUUCAUUAGCAUUGUGUCAUCUGUGCAGUCGUCCAAUGGUGUAUCAAGAAUUCCUAGCUUGCAGCAGAAUAUUACUAGGGAUGGUAGUUUGAAAGUCUCGUUUGCUAAUGUGAGGAACAAGACGUUCCAGCCGGUUUUGAAGCCUUUGCAAUGGAUUAGUACGUCGGAUUCUAAGGAAAAUGACAAAGGUUUGUUUGUGACUCUUGAGAACGAUACAUAUUCUGUGCGGUCAGUUUUGGAUGAAAAGUACAGCAGGAGUAUAUUCGAGGGUACUUCUUUCGUUUUCGAGGGGAAAAACCGUACCGUUGACGGGGUUGUUGCAUCGCCAGACUUGAGUAAAGUUUUGAUCAAGACCAACACGGAAAAGAAUUGGAGACAUUCGUCGUUUGCUACAUACUUUGUGUAUGAUGACGGUAAGUUUUACGAGAUUGGGGAGCAAAUAUCUAUUGCCAAAUGGUCGCCAAACUCUAAAGAUAUUGUGUAUGUGAAAAAGCACGAUAUUUACUUGUACUCCUGCGAGUCAUUCAAAACCGUCGAAAGAGUUACCAAGGAUGGGAGCGAGUUGGUGUUCAACGGUAUUCCAGACUGGGUUUAUGAAGAAGAAGUUUUGGAGGGCGACACUGCUUUAUGGUGGUCUCCCUCUGGGGAUUACUUGGCGUUCUUUAAGAUCAAUGAGACGGGCGUGCAAGAGUUCCCUAUUCCAUAUUUUGUUCAAGAGAACCAAACAGAUCCUGCGUACCCUGAAGUUCGGAAGAUAAAGUACCCCAAGAGUGGCUCUGUGAAUCCUGUAGUGAGACUCAAUGUUUUCGAUUUGAAGUCUAAGGUGUCCUUCGAGGCAAACGCCUCUUCAGCGGAAUCACUAAUCACAGAAGUUACAUGGAUCGGCAACCAUCAAAUACUGGCAAAAACUUCUGAUAGAUCGUCAGAUGUGCUUUCCGUAUACCUCAUCGAUGCUUUAGAGGGAGGAAACAGCGAACUCUCUAGGAAAGAAGAGAGUAACGGUGGAUGGUGGGAAAUCACCCACAAGACCAAGUUCAUUCCAAAGGACAAGAAAAACGGAAGACCACACAACGGAUACAUUGAUCUAGUUCCAAUUAAAGGUUACAACCAUUUAGUUUACUUCACAGGCUCCGACAAGAUUGUACUAACUUCAGGUGAUUGGGAGGUUGUUGAUGGGCCAGCUGCCUUCGACGAAGAGUCCAACACUGUAUACUUCAUUGCAACUAAGAAGGCAUCUACAGAGAGACAUUUGUAUUACGUGAGAUUGGGUGAGCCCUUGAAAGUACAUGCAGUUAGCGAUGUGCACUCCGAUGGGUACUAUUCUGCAUCGUUUUCAGCAGGCGCUCGGUUCCUGUUGCUAAACUAUUUGGGUCCCAACGUUCCCUACCAAAAAAUUAUCGACUUGAAGUCAUCCGAGAAGGACAAAGUGACUCAUGGUAAUGUUGUUGGGAAAACGUUGUACUACCUCGAGGAAAAUAAGAAAUUGCAAGAGGCGUUGAAACCAUAUGCCAUUCCAGAAAGAACAUUCCAGGAAUUAAACCUUGGCUUGGACGAUGAGGGCAAGGAGAUCAUUGUCAACUCUUGUGAGAUUUUACCAAACGAUUUCAACCCAUCUUUGAAAAACCACUACCCAGUAUUUUUCUUCGCAUAUGGCGGGCCUAACUCCCAACAAGUAGCCAAAACAUUCGGAGUGGGCUUCAACCAGGUCGUGGCCUCCCAAUUGGAUGCUAUCGUGGUGAUUGUCGACGGCCGUGGUACAGGUUUCAAAGGAAAGGAGUUCAGAUCUAUUGUUCGUGACAACCUUGGCGAUGUCGAGUCUACCGACCAGAUCCUCGCAGCCAAGCUCUAUGGGAACAAGCCUUACGUCAACAAGGAAAAAAUAUCACUCUUUGGCUGGUCAUACGGUGGCUACUUGACUCUAAAGACGUUGGAAAAGGAUGCAGGUGCUCACUUUAAGUACGGUGUCUCCGUCGCUCCAGUCACCGACUGGCACCUAUACGACUCUGUCUACACUGAAAGAUACAUGCAUACACCUCAACAAAACCCCGACGGCUACGCAAAAUGCAAGGUCCACAACGCCACCGGUUUCGCUACUGUGCCAAGGUUCCUUUUGAUGCACGGAACAGGCGACGACAACGUCCACUUCCAAAAUUCACUAAAGUUUUUGGACAUGCUAAACUUAAAUAAUAUCGAAAAUUACGACGUGCAUGUGUUCCCGGACUCAGACCACAGCAUCAGAUACCAUAAUGCGGAUGUAAUUGUCUACAACAAGAUCCUGAACUGGAUCAGACACGCCUACAAUGGGGAUUUUCUUCUCCAAUGA